AUUGUAAAACAUGGCGCUCAAACAUUUUGCUAUUUCUAACCCUUUUCAAUUUUAGAAGAGACAAGCUUUAUUAUACUUCUUUUGAAAGAAAAAAUAAAAAGGAAAUUUUGAACCUUCUCAAACAAUGCUAGUUCGAAUAUCUAAAUUUCGACAUAUUGGCAAGAACGCCUACCUCUUCAGUUCAGUGGGAUUUUCUACAGAUGAAGCAAUUUCUACCACCACCAAGAACCCUUUCUUGUCAGACUACCUCAUCAAAUCACUGGGAUUCUCCAGAGAUGAAGCAAAUUCUGCAACUGCCAAAUUAAGUAGCGUGAAACCCCCUAAGAAUCCUGAUUUGGUAAUCAAAUUCUUUGAAGAGAUUGGUUUGGGAAGGACAGAGAUCAAGAAGUUAGUUUCUAUUACCCCACAGCUGCUUUUUUCUGAUUUAAACAGAACUCUUAAACCAAAAUUGCAGUGGCUACUAGAAUUUGGGUUGUCCGGAUCUGACCUAGUCAAUCUCUUCAGAUGGGACGCACGAGCUCUGUUUCGAGGAGUAGAUUCUCAUUUCAGGCCUAAUUUGGAGUAUCUUAGGAAACUGUUUAGUAGUGAAGAAUGUUUGGUUAAAGCUAUAAAGAAAUCACCUUGGUUACUUGCUCCAAAUGGUCCAAAACAAAUCAAUCCCAAAAUAUUGUUGUUGCAAAAGUUUGGUUUUUCAAAACCCAAAAUCGAGAAGCUUUUAAUUCAGAAACCACUGGUAGUUUUGCAAAAAACUGGGUGGCUGGAAGAGAAAUUGCACAGAGUUGAAAAGGAUCUACAGAUUUCUCCUAAAUCUGGAAUGUUUUUCUAUGGAGUUAUUGCACUUGUUUCAGUUAGUAAGUCAACAGUGAAAAAGAAAAUGGGAAUUUUCAGGAGCUGUGGAUGGUGUGAUCUGGAUAUAAUGACUGUGUUCAGAAAGCAACCUCUCUGUUUGGUUAUGUCGGAAGCUAAAAUUCAGCGAGCAUUGGACUUUUUCAUGAGGGAACUCGGAUACAAACCGGAACACUUGGUUUGUAAUCCUGCGGUUCUAAUGCUUAGCUUGGACAAGAGAGUGAUUCCUAGAAAUGUUGUACUGAAAGUUUUAGAGGAGAAUAAGCUGAAUCAGAAAGUAUCUUUUUUGAAAGCUUUGCGUAUAUCUGAACGUAUGUUUCGUUCAAUAUUCGUGCUUCCUUACAAGGAUGAGGUACCCAAUCUAUAUGAGUCAUAUAUGACUUGCGUCAGACGUUAGAUACACAACGCUCAAAUAAGAGUAUCUAGGCAAUGCUGGGAUCUAUUUUUCAGCAUCUGUGGUAUUUCUUGGGUGAUGCCUCGAUAUGUCAGGAGUUUAUUACAAGCUUGGCAAUCUCAAAGAGUACCUAGAAGGCUGAAACAGAUGUGGAGAACCAUUCCGUUGUGCAUUUUAUGGACCUUAUAGCUGGAAAGGGACAAUGCUUGCUUUGAAGGACAUAGGAAUCAAAUUAUUAGAAUUAAGAAUAUAUGUCUCCAUAAUCUGUAUUUUUGGUGUAAAUGUAGUCAGAUUAGGAAAUCUGAAUCAAUAUAUGGACUUUCUGGAGGUGUUAGGAGGGGGAGGAUAGCUUGCUGAUGUUGUUAUUUGGGAUGUUUUUUGUACCAUUUUGUAUCAUCUUGGUACCUUAUAAAGAAUCUUUUACCUUAUCAAAAAAAAAAAUUGGUGUCACUGACUGCAGUCAAGUAUUUAAGUGGGAACAGGAUAGAGGGGCGGACUCGACCCCCUCGAGUUUCAACCUUGUGAGCAGAAUUGGAGUAGUCCAGCUAGCUUACAGGGGAUUUCUCGAUUAUCAGAAAAAAGUUCUCAUGCUCCCUGGACUAUAUAUAGGAUGAUUUUGGUUUAGGAAAGGAGACUUUGAUGAUCUGAGAGCUUAUCGCUUGGGGAUAAACCUUCUUAUUCUUGAUGAACACGCCAUUGAAGUAGAGCAAACUCCUUGUAGUAACCAUUCUAACCUGUAUUAGUUUGAUAAAUAUAAUAGUAGGUUUCUUCUUAUUUCACUCGAGCCGAAGGUCUUUCGAAAACAUUAUCUCUGCUCUCCCGGGUAGGUGUAAGGACACAUUACCCUUCCCAGACUCCA